CAGAAAGUGACGGACGCCCGACCCUGUCAGUUUAAAUGUAAAAUAAGCCCGUCUUCCCCGACUCGGGCACAGCCCGCCCGCCUCCUUCCGUCUUCCCCAAGCCUGGCCUUCUCUGCUGUCCGGUCCCUGCCUUCAUUGGCCUCAACCUUCUACCUCUCUCCUCUGGUCUCUCCGAGAUGACUGAUCUGAUUCUGCACUCCCUUCAUCGCUUGCCUUGUCUAGAGUUCCUUAAAUCCCUCCUUGGCGGGCGGGCUUGGUGGCACAGCCUGUAAUCUCGUUCAGGAGGUUGAGGCAGGAUAGUCACGAGUUCAAGGCCAGCCUGGGAUACACAUUGAGUUCAAAGCCAGCCAGAACCACAUAGUGAGACCCUGUCCAAAUCGCCCCUGCUGGAGCUCCUGCCUCCCCUGUGCAUAGGCAGGAGACUACUACCCCAUUUACAGACGAGGAACUGAGGCUUGGCAUGGUUAAAUUACUUGCCCAAGGUCCCCAGGGCGAUCUGACCGAAGAGCCCAGGCUCUUGACCACGGCUGGACAGCAGCCUUAGAAAAGCAAACCACACAGUAGGACUUUCGUGAGGCAGCCAGGAAUGUGGGGAGGGCAAGCGAUCCAAGGUCGGAUCCGGUUCACGAAGGAGAUAGGGAGCUGAGGGUCUCGCGCGCCCCGCCUCUCCAUUAUUCCCAAGCAGGCGGUUCCUUUCCGCCUGCAAACGCGAAGCCGCGCCCCAUCUGCUUCCGCCUUCGCGCGGUACUUGAGGCCUCGGCAGCUUCCGUAGCCCCGCCCACCAGGGACGCCUUGCCAGAGCGCCCGCGCCUCUGUAAAGCAGCAUGAAGCCACCGCAGCGGCGGCGGUCGGCUCCCGCCCGCUAUCUGGGCGAGGUGACCGGCCCUGUGCCCUGGAGCCUUCGCGAGAAGCGCCAACUACUGCGACUACUGCAGGCGCGGCGGGACCAGCCGGAGCCAGACGCCGCUGAGCUGGCCAGGGAGCUGUGGAGCCGGAGCGAGGCGGAGAUCCGCGACUUCCUCCAGCACCUCAAAGGCCGAGCGGUCCGAGAGGCCGUUCAGAGGGUGCAUCCUGCUGGCCCUCUGGGUCCAAGGCGCCGACAGGCGCAGAUCCUGGCCCCCAUAGAGGUGUGGACGGAUCUAGCUGAGAAGAUAACAGGCCCGCUGGAGGACGCCCUGACGGCGGCCUUCUCCCAGGUUUUCACCAUUGCAGCCACAGAACCCCUCAGCCUCCUGCACUCCACGCCCCCGAAGCCUACGAAAGCCCGUGGAAAGCCACUGCUCCUCAGCGCCAUCAGAAGGCAGGAGGAUCGCAGCCCUGUGGCCUCUGGUCCUGCCCUCGAGGCCCCUGGCCCCGCCCCCGUGGCCUCUGGUCCCGCCCCUGGUGUGCCUGACCUUGUCCCUGGCCCGGAGCCUAUUAUUUCUGGCCCUGCCCCUGUGGCCUCUGGUUCUGCCCUUUGUCUCUCUGGCCCCGCCCCCAAGGCCUCUGGCCCCACCCCUGAGGCACCUGCUGAGUCCCUGGCGGGCCCCUCCCCUGAAGACCUCACCUUUGACUUCGAGAAGAUCUACAGGUACCUGUCUUUCUCCUCCCGGAGUGGCCACGGCCCAGAGCUCUCAGCAGCGGAGUCAGCUGUGGUCCUUGACCUGCUCCUGUCACUUCCCAAGGAGCUGCCUCACCUGCCCUGCACGGCCUUGGUGGAGCACAUGACCAAAACCUAUGCCCACCUGACGGCCCCAGAGCCCAGCCCCUCGGGUGGGAGCCCUGGGCCUGGAGCUGAGGAUGGGAGGACUGGUUCCAGGGUGCUGGGAGAGCCUGGCUGGGUCCCGCCCAGAGUCCCUGAGCAGAAUGGGGCCAGCAAACUGAGAUCAGCCUGGCGAGCAGCCGGCGUCUGCCCUCUGAACCCGUUUCUGGUGCCCCUGGAGCUCCUGGGCCAGGAGGCCACCCUGGCAAGGUGAGGGCACAGCAGCCGGCAGAUACAGCAGACCUCUCGGCUGGCACUGGCUUGUCAAGAAGGUCCCCGACCCAGUUCUCAGCCACAGGUGGAGAAUUUGGAUGCUGCAUUCACGGGGGCUUAGCAAAUGGAAUCCCAGUGGUCCAGGGUUCCCAGGGGGCAGCCAGGCAGCCGGAUUAAUGGCGGACAGGGCACAGGACCGUGCAUUACAAGACAGGUUGCCCCCCCCCCAGCCCAGCUGUGAUUGUUCUCUGCCUUUGGGGAUGGGACAGGGCGGGCCUGCCCACACCAGCACCCCUCUCACUGCCUUCCUCUGCUUAGGCUGCCCUUAUUUUCCUCCUCCGCCACUUCAUGUACCUGCAGGCCCAGCAGCCCCCAGCCCCCUGCAGCUGACAGCGACAUCCAGCUCCUCACCCCCUGCCCAGGGUCCCUUGUCCUGGAAUAAAGUUCUUGUCUACCUGC